AAUGCCCAAAUUUGGAAAUUCUACAACUAAAUAACCAUUCUGCAGGUUUCUUUUCCGUACGGCUUCACUUUAAAAUUUGAAAAUUCCUGAGAUUUUUCAACAUAUUACAGCGUGUCACACUAACGAGUGACACACAAGACCCAGACUCUUCCCUAGGCUGGGAGAGACUCGGCGGUUGAAAGCAGGGAGGGGCUACAGGCGAGAAAGAGCUGAACCCCCGCUUCCGAAGAUUUCACCUAUUUUUCAGUUUGCCUGGAGCAGGCCACGCAGAUUCCCUUCCCUUGGAAGCCCAGGGAGCGUCUGGUAGAUUGCUGACUCUCUGCCCAUCACCGUCCCUGCAACAUUCCUAAGGCUAAAGUGAGAAAUAAGCCCAGGCUAAGGAGAGGAGAAACGAGGUUCACGUUCUGGUCUGGCACCGGGUUGGAUUGUCGCUGGGACGGCGGUCAGGCAUUUGGUGUGGUCGCCUAAGGGGUGGGUCCUUCGGAGGGAGCUCCGGGAAACCCCGUGGGCCUGCGCGGCGUUCUUCCUUUUGGAUCCGCCAUCUGCGGUGGAGCCGCCACCAAAAUGCAGAUUUUCGUGAAAACCCUUACGGGGAAGACCAUCACCCUCGAGGUUGAACCCUCGGAUACGAUAGAAAAUGUAAAGGCCAAGAUCCAGGAUAAGGAAGGAAUUCCUCCUGAUCAGCAGAGACUGAUCUUUGCUGGCAAGCAGCUAGAAGAUGGACGUACUUUGUCUGACUACAAUAUUCAAAAGGAGUCUACUCUUCAUCUUGUGUUGAGACUUCGUGGUGGUGCUAAGAAAAGGAAGAAGAAGUCUUACACCACUCCCAAGAAGAAUAAGCACAAGAGAAAGAAGGUUAAGCUGGCUGUCCUGAAAUAUUAUAAGGUGGAUGAGAAUGGCAAAAUUAGUCGCCUUCGUCGAGAGUGCCCUUCUGAUGAAUGUGGUGCUGGGGUGUUUAUGGCAAGCCACUUUGACAGACAUUAUUGUGGCAAAUGUUGUCUGACUUACUGCUUCAACAAACCAGAAGACAAGUAACUGUAUGAAUUAAUAAAAGACAUGAACUAACA